CUUAUUUUGACGCACAGGAACCGGAAGUUACGUCUGAGCAUUCAUGCUCCGGAAAAUUCCGCCGUCGAUAUUUAUUGCUGCACACUUUAGGAUACUGCAUGACUACUUUUCUGUUUUACUACCUAUUCUAGCUUGAUAAACAUCAGAUAUAAUCAUCAGGACUCGGUGCUCACUGCUGCUGGUGGAAGAGGCGCGUGUGCUGGAGACAGUGAUGCUAAAUCUUACAGCAGUAGGUUAAAGAUGAGCUUUCAGCGGUUUGAUGAUGUGGAGAAGUAUCUUCGAUUUGGGACAUACGGCAAACAUGAUAAAGCUUCUAAAGGUGUAAUUAGGAGAUGUAGCAAGAAGUUCAAUUGGAGAGAUGGUGCGCUCUGGUAUAUAGACGGCAAGCGUCAGCGUAAGGUGCUCCGCAGCGAAGAGGAUGUGAGAGCUGUUCUGUUGGAGCAUCACAACAACUCAAAGCACGCAGGACGAUCCCGGUGUCUGAAAGCCGUGUCAGAACUGUAUUACUGGCGCUCGAUAACCAAAGACAUCGGAGACUGGAUAGACAAUUGUAAAGAUUGCUCACAUCCGUCCAACCCGGUGGCAUGCUUUCAGUGCAUCGUCCCAGGGUGUGAAAGCUCCGUGCUGGCUGAUAAUGAACGAGGCAUCACGUUUCACCGGUUCCCUUUCAGCGAUGUGGAGAGACUCAGCCACUGGAUUAAGUUCUGUCAAAGAGACCGCUGGUCUCUCCACAGCAGGUCAGCUAUCUGCUCCAGACACUUCACAAAGGACUGUUUUGAUCGAAGCAGCGAGGUUGUCUACCUUAAACCUGAUGCUGUGCCCACGAUUGAAAUUUUUGUAACUCCACAGAAGGACAACAGUGAAUACUUUGAUGCUCUCCACAUGGAAUCUGGAGAUGAAGCAAAGUUUGUAGAUCAGUCUGUAGACGAGGACGAUGUCCAUGUGGAGCAUCCUUAUUCCAGAGAUUCCUCCAUGCAGCGCAGCAUGAGGGGAAGUGUAGUGAAGAGCAAAGUAAGCCUUCUGAGCUCCAAGUCUGAGCCUUAUUUCAGAAGAUAUGAUGCAUUGGAGAAGUACCUCCGUACGGGAGUGUACAGCAGUACGCCCUACUGCACUAGGUACAUGGUCAGGAGAUGUGCCAAACGCUUUUGUCUUCAAGACGGUGUCCUGUACUAUCGGCACGGUUCCAAGCGCAGGAAAGUUCUCCGAAACAGAGAGGAGGUAGUUGAGGUGCUUAAGGAGCACCAUGACAAACGAGGACACUUUGGUAUGAGCAGAUGUUUGAGCUCCGUAUCAGAGCUUUAUUACUGGGGCACAAUGACCAGAGACAUAGAGGAGUGGAUUGGAAACUGCCAAUUUUGCAUGAAGAUGGACGAAUCAACACAAAAAUACAGGUGUUCUGUUUACAGCUGCAAUAACUACAAUGGGCCUUUGGAGAGGACUCUGGGUCUGACGUUUCACCGAUUCCCGUUCGAUAAUCCUGAGCGUCUUAACCAGUGGAUCAGAAGCCUGCGCAGGUUGAACUGGCGGCCCCGGCCCAGGUCUGUCGUGUGUUCUACUCACUUCACAGAGGACUGCUUUGAGCACUCAGAAGGCUCGGUUUGUCUCAAACCUUAUGCAGUUCCCACCCUGCUCCUCUGUACCUCACAGGAUAAGGAAGAUUUUUCUCAAGGUAUGACUGAAGGAGGCGGUUCUUCAGAAGUGACCGAUGGCUCAAGUACCCAGCAUGCUUUUUUCUCAAAAUAUGAUGCAGUUGAGAAAUAUCUGAAAGGGAAAGGCUAUCCACCUGGACUCACCUCUGUGGAGAAAAACACCUUCAGGAGACUCUGCUCAAGAUUCGCCAUCCAUGAUGGCUUCCUGUUCUAUUUGUCGGGCAGAGGCACCCAGAAACACGGGAGGCGCAGGGUGGUGAGGAGCAGAGAGGAGGUGCACUCAACUCUCACCAUCUACCACAAUGACAUGAACCAUCUAGAGCUAGAGAAAUGCUUGAAGCUCAUCUCUCAGCACUUCUUCUGGGGCUCCAUGAGGGCAGAUGUUGGUCUGUGGAUUCAGCGCUGCCUCCCGUGUUCCAGCUCUGACAAAGAACAUGGCGUAGAUUGCAGUGUCUCUACCGUGCAUCCAGAGCCUUUAGAGAAAAUUCUGGAUACAAACAGUCAAGCACUGAUAAAUGGUGUUCUGACAACUGAAAAAGACCUACAGCUGUCAAUCACAGAGUUGGCUAUUCCGCAGUGUCUAAUCAUCACCACGCCUGAGAUCCUUACUCCAACUCAACCUCACAGCACCUCUGCUGCUGAUGAAACAAUCCUUGGAUUAACUGACUCUGUAACAAGUUUCAGUGGAAUACUCAGCGGUGCCAUUGGUUCUUAUCAGCUGCUUGAGGGUUCAGCACUUGAGCAGAGAAAGAACAGCAUGAGUGCCAGGACUGUGGUUCAACAGUGCACUCAUGCCUUACUACAGGUUAAGCCUCAGACAUGUGAUGCAGACUCUGAAUGGGUCGAGAUUCGUGAUGGAAUUGUCAUCUACGUAUGCUUUUAUAAAGGUGCUACUGAGAAAAUCAUUCCUAAAAUGGUAAACACCUUGCUCAAUGCAGCGUUCAUUCCUGUGAGUACAGGCAGGCAUGUAUCCAUCAUGGAGCUUCCAGGAAGUGUGAUGAUCAUUCCCCAAGACACCAUGACUGGUGUAGUUAAAGGCAGCAGUGUGCAGCACCAUGAUGCCAUUGAAAGCUGGAAAGGCCUUCAUUUCUAUGAACAAUUCGUCACUCAGUGUGAGAAUGAGUUGGCUGCAUCAGCGAAGUGCACCGAGGCUGAAGUGGUCGUCAGGCAUGGAGUUUAUGGAAGCAUGCAAACUUUAUACCUUAACAGCAAUGCACCUCUCACUCAUGUACUCGAGUUUUAAUCGAGAGUUCACAUUUCAAAAGCUUUCUUAACAUGUUCAUACAGAAUUUGGAGUUUUAUCUGUUACUACUGGUUAUUUUGAAAUGUUUAACUGAGGUACAGUAUAUUUUGACAUGUUUACUUAACCUGAAAAUAAAUUGUUUACAUAGACAGA